CCUCCAACAACCCUCCGACCCCCGAUCCCCGCCAAUAAGUAAAUACAUACUAACCCACACAAGACGCACAAUGCGGCCUAUCGGCAUCUCCAGAAACAAAGGGGAGAGGGGGCGCUCGAUGGAGAGGGAGCUUGAAGAGGGCGGGGCCCAAGGAAAAAGGAAAAGGAAAACCCCGCCGGACCAAGAAAAUCCUCACCUCCUCUUGCUCUUCCAAGCAUCAAAGUCCCCCCUUCAUCGUCAUCACCAUCCACCAUCCACCAUCCAUCAGGACCAUCACCCAUCACCCACCAACAUCAUCACCACCGCCCGCCCACGCGCGCGCGCCUCCUCCGCCGCAAGCCACCUUCUCGGCAAUCCACCGAGUCUCAGCGCGCCCGCGCGCCACCUCAUGCGUCGUGCGUGCCCUUGUUUGUUGCCCUUGUUUUCCUAGCUCCCCCUUUCCUUGUUGAUGGGGCUGGGCUGGGCUGGGCUGGGCCGGGCUUGACCUGGCUGGUGGUUGUGUUGUGUGGUGUGGUGGUGGUACAGUAGUGAUGCUGAUGAAUGAAUGGUGGUGAUUGACGGUGGCGGUCGUUGGUUCGUGCCGCCUGCAUCCAGAUUGAUGGCUUGCUUUGCUGGCCGAGCCUGAAUGUCAUCAUCAGCAUCCUCUGUAUCAUCAUCACCCUCAUCAUCCUCAUCAUCAUCACACACACACUCUCUGUCUCUUACACACCCACGCACUCUCACUCACACACACUCAUAUAUACGAAGUAUACUACCUUGAGUUACUACGCACAUUGUGUACACCAGCUCCGUCAAUCCUAAUAAACCACAUCCAUGGACGGACGGGCCCCCCUCCCCCCUCCCUCCAUCC